AUGUCGGAUGCUGCAAGAGGAGAGGAAUUCGAGAAGAAAGCUGAGAAGAAACUCAAUGGUUGGAACCUGUUUGGUGGUUCCAAGUACGAAGACGCAGCAGAAUUGUACGAGAAGGCUGCUUCGUCUUACAAACUCGCUAAAUCAUGGGAUAAAGGUGGAUCUGCCUACAUCAAAAUAGCUGAUUGUCAUUUGAAGUCGGAAAGCAAGCAUGAAGCUGCUUCAAGCUAUGUUGAUGCUGCAAAAUGUUACAAUAAAACUUCUCCGAAAGAGGCUAUUUCAUGCCUGACUAAGGCUGUCAAUCUUUUCAAGGAGAUUGGAAGGUUUAACAUUGCUGCUAGACAUUGCAAGGAGAUUGGAGAGCUCUAUGAGCAAGAGCAGGACUUUGAGCAGGCUAUUGUUUUCUAUGAGCAAGCUGCUGAUCUGUUUGAAAGUGAAGAAUCAACAACAUCCGCCAACCAGUGCAAACAAAAAAUUGCACAAUUUGCUGCACAAAUGGAACAAUAUCAGAAGGCAAUAGUGAUUUAUGAAGAUAUAGCACGCCAGUCAAUGAACAACAAUCUUUUGAAGUACAGUGUUAAGGGGUAUCUCCUCAAUGCUGGCAUUUGCCAACUUUGUAAAGGUGAUCUUGUUGCCAUAAACAAUGCAUUGGAGCGAUAUCAGGAAUUGGACCCUACUUUUCCGGGAACGCGGGAAUAUAAGCUAUUAUCUGAUCUUGCUGCUGCAAUUGAUGAAGAGGAUGUAGCAAGAUUCACUGAUGUGAUUAAGGAAUUUGAUAGCAUGACACCACUGGAUGCUUGGAAAACUACUCUUCUUUUGAGAGUGAAGCAAGCUGUGAAGGCCAAGGAACUGGAAGAGGAUGAUCUUACUUGAAUAUGUUUCCUUUUGCACUUCAAGGUUUUAAGUUUGUAUCGUGUGAUUGCAUUGUGUUUAACCAUAUUGGUCUUUGUGUUUGGUUACAGUCCCCGGUCUUUUAGUUUGCU